UCCCGCCUGUUCUUAUUUUGGAGCGUCACAGAGAGAGGCAGAAAGAAAAGACGCCAUUACAGCGGGAGAGAGACAACUGAGUAAGAAUCAGAGCAGAUCUGGUUUUUGCAAGUGAAGAAGUCCACUGGAUUUGUUCAUUUUUCUUGAUUCUUUCUUCCUCGCCGCCGAUUGAACGAUGUCCGGUCGUCACGAGAAGGAGAAGGGCGUCAAUGUUCAGGUCCUUCUUCGUUGCAGGCCUUUUAGCGAAGAAGAGUUGCGAAGUAAUGCACCGCAGGUUGUUACUUGUAAUGAUUAUUCUAGGGAGGUGACUGUGUCUCAGAAUAUUGCUGGAAAGCAUUUUGACAGAGUUUUCACUUUCGAUAAGGUUUUUGGUCCUUCAGCUAAGCAGAAAGACCUUUACGACCAAGCAGUAGUUCCGAUAGUUAAUGAAGUUUUGGAAGGCUUUAAUUGUACAAUUUUUGCUUAUGGACAAACUGGUACAGGGAAAACGUACACAAUGGAAGGGGAAUGCAAGAGAUCAAAGAGUGGUCCAAAUGGAGAGUUGCCUCCAGAAGCAGGAGUUAUACCCAGAACCGUGGAGCAGAUUUUUGACACUCUAGAGGGCCAGAAUGCUGAGUAUAGCGUGAAGGUGACCUUCUUGGAGCUCUACAAUGAGGAGAUUACGGAUUUACUUGCUCCAGAGGAGAUUACGAAAAUUGCUUUGGAGGAGAAGCAGAAAAAGCAAUUGCCCUUAAUGGAGGACGGCAAAGGGGGUGUUCUUGUGAGAGGUCUCGAAGAGGAAAUUGUUACUAGUGCCAGUGAAAUUUUUAACUUACUCGAAAGAGGGUCAGCCAAACGUCGCACGGCAGAGACUUUGUUAAAUAAGCAAUCAAGUCGGUCACAUUCUCUCUUUUCCAUAACAAUACACAUUAAGGAAGCAACACCAGAAGGUGAAGAACUGAUCAAAUGUGGGAAGCUAAAUUUGGUUGAUCUAGCCGGAUCAGAAAACAUAUCUCGUUCUGGUGCCCGAGAGGGUCGUGCAAGGGAAGCUGGGGAGAUCAACAAAAGUUUAUUGACAUUGGGGCGAGUGAUCAAUGCUCUAGUGGAACAUCUUGGGCACAUCCCAUAUAGGGAUAGCAAGCUUACACGGUUACUCCGCGAUUCACUUGGGGGAAGAACCAAAACUUGCAUCAUUGCUACAGUCUCUCCAGCCGUUCACUGUCUGGAAGAAACUCUUAGUACGCUAGAUUAUGCACACAGGGCCAAAAAUAUUAAGAAUAAGCCAGAGGUCAAUCAAAAAAUGAUGAAAUCUACUCUAAUCAAGGAUCUCUAUGGUGAAAUAGACCGUUUGAAGGCAGAGGUUUAUGCCGCUCGUGAAAAGAAUGGUGUCUAUAUCCCAAAAGAACGAUACCAACAAGAGGAGAGUGAAAGAAAGGCAAUGGCAGAUCAAAUUGAGCAAAUGGGAAUAACAAUUGAAACUUAUCAGAAGGUGAUCAUUUUAGUUGAGAUUAAUAUUUUCUUCGUCGUUCUUGCCUUUGUUACUAAUGGCCAAUGUUUCAAACAGCAACUAGAGGAAUUACAGGAUAAGUAUAAUAUUCAAGCAGUACAGUGUUCUGAUUUGAGCAAGAAACUUGAUUCUACAGAGAAAACUCUGUGUCAAACGCAAAAGUUGCUUGCAAGCACCGAGGAAGAGUUGAAGAAAUGUCAUUAUUUCCUGAAGGAAAGGGAUUUUGUUAUUUCUGAACAGAGGAAAGCAGAGAACGCUCUGGCUCAUCAAGCAUGUGUUCUACGAUCGGAUCUGGAGAAAGCUCUUCAGGAUAAUGCUUCAUUAUUUAUGAAAAUUGGUAGAGAAGAUAAACUGAAUACAGAGAAUCGAGCAGUUGUGGAUAAUUAUCAGAUAGAGCUAACGCAGCAAAUCGGUUCCGUUUGCAAUAUGGUCUCAACGUCUUUGUCUCGACAGAAUGAACAUCUUCAAUGUGUUGAAAAGAUAUGCCAUUCCUUUUUGGACAAACAUGAAAAGGCAAUAGUGGACAUGAAGAGAAGAUUAUCAUCCUCAAGAACAUUAUAUAUCUCUCAUAUCGAGGCAUUGCAGAAUGUUGUUCGUUUGCACAAAGCCAGCUCAAAUGCCACUUUAGAAGAUUUUUCCUCUUUGGCAUCUUCUUGUGCGAACUCCAUUGAAGAAUUUCUGACGACAGAAGCUCGUGAAGCUUCUACGAUACUCGACAAUCUUCAGUGCACUCUUUCAACUCAAUCUAAAGAAUUGUCUAUAUUUGCAAGGGAAUUGCGACAGUNAUUCCAUGUUACUAUUGAUCAAACGAAGGGUAUUUCUGAAUAUAUUGAAGAAUUCCUCUCUAAGCUGACUGAAGAAUCAAAGAGAUUGGGAAAUCAUGCAGCAGAGGCUGAAGAGAUCCAGAUAAAAAGCAUUGCAGAAUUUCAAAAAGUUUAUGAGGAGCAAUCAAGAUCUGAUACGGAGAAGCUCAUAGCCGAUAUGACCAAUUUGGUAUCGGGUCACAUCCGUCGUCAAAAGGAACUGGUGGAUGCAAGGCUAAUUGGUCUUCAAGAGACUGCCAGUGCAAACAAGACGUUUUUGGAUGGAUAUAUUUCCUCCAUGGAAGGUAUGGCUACAGAUGCAAAGCGCAAAUGGCAGGUGUUUUCAACGGAAACUGAGAAUGAGACAAGAGAUAGUGCUGACUUCUCUGCUGCUAAACAUUGUCGGAUGGAGGCGCUUCUGCAGCAAUGUGUGAGUACGACUGAAUCAGCUCUCAAGCAGUGGAACAAAACACAAGAGUCUUUGAAUGAGAUGGGUAGCAAGCAUGUUUCAGAUGUGCUCUCAGCUGUGAGAGGCGCUUGUGAUAGCAAUGAGCAACAUGAUGCCGAGAUUACUUCUGAGCGUUCUGCAGCUGAACAAGACAUGAUGACGAACAUUGAAGACACUCUUCAACAAGUUGACAGCAUUUCUAAACAAGAACGCGGCUCUAUCUCUGGUAUAUUAGAUGCUGUCAAAACUCAUACAGAAACAAUUGAGGCUUUCCGGAAUGAUCACUCUUGCCAAGCUUCUGCCAUUGAAGAAAAGGCGAAAGAAACAUUUCGGCAGCAAUAUAUGGACUAUGAGCCAACUGGUAGCACACCAACAAGAUGCGAACCAGAUGUUCCGAGCAAAAAUACGAUCGAGUCGCUUCGUGCGAUGCCAAUGGAAGCCCUUGUUGAGGAAUUCCGGGAUAACAAUUCCGGUGAAUUAUUGAGUAAUGGCAAGGAAUUGAAACCAUCACUUGUAAUGCGAGCGCCGCUUUUGGAGCUUAAUAACUGAUUGGGAGAAGGUACUCUAACACAAGUAGUUUUAUGUGUAUUUCAAUUAUUGUAAACUGUUGUUAGUAGUAGAAAAUUUAGAAGGCAGAAUGGUGCAGAAAGAGAUGUAGAGCCAAAAAGUUCAGAGGCUAAGAAUGAAAUAAUCUCGUCUUGAGAUUUACCAGGCAAUUGGGUUGCCCUUGGAAUGGAUGUGUAAAUUAAGCAAAAAUCUCUUCAUUUGUCAGACAUACAAUCAGACAUACAAGAUUUGUUGUGUAGUGAAGGAAAGAUUCUGAAUUGAAAAAGAUUAGUGUCGGGUUUUCAUGCUU